AUGUCGAGCGGCGAUGACUCCGACUACAGCUUGCCAGCGCCGCCGCCGGACGAUAAGCAUCGACACAACGAGCACAGUGGGGAUCUCAGCACAAUCGGGCCCGAGGUCGUGGGAGUUUGCUGGAUGCUGGUGGCGCUGGCCUUGGUGUUCCUGGCAACUCGGCUCUAUGCGAAGUUCUCGGCGCGCCGUGGGAUGUGGUGGGACGACCAUGUCCUCCUGGCAUCGUGGCUCAUGUUGGUGGCGUAUGUAAUCACGACGACCUUGUCUGUGACUCGAGGCGGACUAGGAACGCAUGACGGGAGCGGGCUCAAUGACCUGCCAACUAUUCAGUUCCUAACCUCAGUGAGCACCGUGUUCUCUUGCCUUGGCGCCGCGUGGUCAAAGACUUCCUUCGCCAUCACCCUGCUGCGCGUCACAGACGGCUUUGUCAAGCUCGGCAUCUGGGCUAUCAUUGUCACGCUUAACAUCACCAUGGCGUUCAACGCCAUACUUCCCUUCAUAUGGUGCGACCCGCCGAUCAAAGGCUGGACACCCUUCGUUCGCGGCACCUGUUGGGAUAGGCAUGUCGUCAUACAGUGCAUGAUGUAUGGGGCUGCCUACUCGGCGGCCAUGGAUUUUAUCCUGGCUAUAAUACCCUGGGCCGUUAUCAUGAAAUUGAACAUGGCUCUCAAGGAGAAACUAGGGGUUGUGGUCUGCAUGAGCCUUGCCGUUGUCGCUGGCGUGACCUCGAUCGUGCGCUGCGUCAACGUGCACCUCCUCUACGAAGAGGACUUCCCCUACGAGUCCGGCAAGCUCGCCAUGUGGACCGCGGCAGAGAUGUCCGUUACCAUCAUCGCGGCCUCCAUCCCCGUGUUACGAAUCCUGAUCCGCAACAUCGUCACCCACCGGUCGUACUCGCAGUACGGAACUGACGGCCCAUUCUACGGCGGCACCCAUACGUCGGUCGUCACCAGCUCGAAAAGGGGGUUCAAGAACAACGGAAGCGGCAGCGGGGACGAUGCCGACAGCAUCGCGAGCCUGGCGCGGCCGAGGCACAACUCCAUACACAUUUUCAAGUCAGAGACGGUUACGAUUGACUACGAGAGGCGGUCAGUGAGCCAGGUCAAUGGCCUUGGUCACUUCGGCUUUGAAAUGGCGCAUGUUACGCCGCAAAGACAUAACAGUAGGAACAAAUACUAG